AUGGACUCCAAGUUCAAUCCAUACUACCAGAACCUCACCUUCCAUGCGGCUGAUGGGACCCCGUUCCAAGUACCCGUGAUGAUGUUGGAUGACUUCUAUCAGUACUGUAUCCAGAUAUGCAUCAACUACGGGGCUCAGUUCGGUGCUUCAGUGAUUAUCUUCAUUAUCCUUCUACUUUUGACUAGACCCGACAAGCGUGGUUCUUCGGUUUUUUUCCUCAACAGCGGUGCUUUGCUGCUCAAUAUGGGCCGGCUCCUCUGCCAUAUGAUCUACUUCACAACCGAUUUCGUAAAAGCCUACCAGUACUUCUCCGGUGAUUAUUCUAGGGCACCCACUUCUGCGUACGCCAACUCUAUACUGGGGGUCAUUCUUACAACUCUUCUCUUGAUCUGCAUUGAGACAUCUCUUGUACUCCAAGUCCAAGUCGUCUGUGCCAAUCUUCGACGCCGGUAUCGAACCGUUCUCCUCUGCGUGUCAAUCUUGGUUGCCCUUAUUCCUGUUGGAUUUCGCCUGGGAUACAUGGUUGAAAACUGCAAGACAAUUGUCGGCGCUGAUAACCCACUGUCACUUGUCUGGCUGGAAAGUGCUACAAACAUCGUGAUUACUAUUAGUAUCUGUUUCUUCUGCAGUAUCUUCAUUACUAAGCUCGGAUUUGCCAUCCGUCAGCGAAGGAGACUCGGUGUCAGGGACUUCGGGCCGAUGAAGGUGAUAUUUGUCAUGGGUUGCCAAACCUUGAUUAUUCCAGCGCUGCUUUCGAUUCUUCAAUAUGUGGUCACAGUCCCCGAGCUUAAUUCCAACAUUCUGACCCUGGUCACCAUCUCUCUUCCGCUAUCCUCCAUCUGGGCUGGUGUUUCCCUUACUCGUUCGUCCUCCACCGAAGAUUCCCCGUCUCGUGGUGCCUUGUGGAAUCGCCUCCAUGACUCAGACGGCACAAGGAGCAACCAGACAUCUUCCACGGAUACUGCUGUCGCCAUGACUUAUCCAAGUAACAAGUCAAGGACAGUCUGCUAUGCGGAUCAGAGCGCGGUCAGAAGACAGCGUGAUCCUGAACAGGGGCAUGGAAUCUCCGUGGAACACGAUGUCACGCCAUGCACUUCGUCUAUCAGCUCCUUCGACAUGGCUGCUGUGCCGCAGAGGACGCUCAACUGGCUAUACAGCGUAUUGAUUCGGGAUCAUUACGAUCCCCGACAGACGUAUCAGGACCCCAAUCGCACCUACUAUGAUGUGGCCUCCGUGCUUGCUCAGUAUCCCUCCCUGUCCCCACGAACCGAAGUCUACACAUAUGAAAAUGGUUUCUCGGCCCUUCUGCUGCAACUCACUGGCACGGUACCCGUUACGUUUCGCGGCACGGUCUACAAGUUUCCUAUAUCUCUAUGGGUCCCCAAUACCUACCCUCGAGAGCCACCAAUUGUUUACGUGACUCCGACUCAGGAUAUGGCUGUGCGAGUUGGCCAACAUGUGACAUUGGAGGGAAGAGUGUAUCAUCAUUACCUGGCACACUGGGCAGAGGCUUGGGAGAGAUCAACCCUGGCAGACCUUGUAUCUAUACUCCGUGAGGUCUUUGCAAAGGAGCCACCGGUCCGAUACAAACAGCAACAAGUACCACCACGCCCACAACAACCCGGGCCAACGCAAACCCCGCCUCCUCUACCUCCACUCCCAGCAGAACUCGGAUUACCCGCGUCUCACUCACCAUUGCAUCAGAAUGUCUCUUCGCCAGUGCCGGCGGUGCCGCCUCCCCCACCUCCCAAGCCUGGACAAGCGGUCUCUGCUGAGCAACAACAACCGAUUCCUGCAGCACAACCCAACUCCUCGUCGCCUCUUCCUCCACUGCCGCCGAAGGAACAGGAUCCACGACCAAAGUGGCAUGGAAAGCCCGACGACUCCGCAUCGUUAUCCUCAGCAGCAGCACCCCAUGGCACAUCCAAUGCCAGUCUAUACACAAGGCCCCUACCCUCGCAAGCUGACAACCGAGCACCGCCUGGCGCAAUUCCGCAGCAGUUCCCCCGUGGCCCCCAGCAACAGCCCUUCCAUAGCCUACCUCAACAAGUUUCUCCCCAUCGACCGUCACAUCACCAAGCAAAUGGCGGAUACCGGCAAAUGCCACCACUGCAAGCGCCUCAGCAGGCCUCUCAUCACAGUUCUCAGCGACCAUCUUCAGAAGCCCAACCAGCAGUGAAACCGAAGGCCGAAACCCCUGAUCUUCUUACUUCACCUUUUGAGGUUGAGCUUCCAUCAUUCGCCCCCGGACCUGCGCCGCCAAUUCCACCCAAUCCAGAAAAGGAUGCAUUGUUACACGCAGUGUCCAAGGCAUUGGCUGCGACGCUGCAGACGAACGUGUCACAAACCGAGUCCGCGGCACGAUCUCUACAGUCACAGUCGGACUCUUUGCACGCAGCGAUUGCCACCUUGCAAGGCGAGAUCUCCUCAUUAAAUACCCUCAAUUCAAGCCUCCAGUCGAACACCUCCAUCCUGCAACAGUCCCUUCACCGCGCCGAUGCUGUCAUUGCCGAUGCGCAAAGUCGCAUAUCGCCAUCCGCCGCACAGUCGAGCUUAGAUCCCGUACCCUCCGGUCUUCCUCCAAUCGAUGAGGUCCUCGUCGCCCCAACAGUCGUGGGUAAGCAACUGUACGACCUGGUGGCAGAGGAACGCGGCAUCCAGCAGGCCAUCUACGCCCUACAAACAGCUCACGUCAAAGGUGUGAUCGGGGUAGAAACAUGGUCCCGGCACACACGUGGGUUAGCGCGAGAGGCCUUCUUAAAGCGAGCUCUUAUACGGAAAAUCGGGAAGGGUAUGGGUCUCGAUGAAUACCAAAUCUAA